AUGGUGAGUAGCGACUAUUUGUCUCCCCCACCGACCCCCAACGAUCUUCCACGGUAUGGCUUCAUCAAUACAUGCCUGAAGUCUUUGGUGGUUGAAAAAUAUGGUGAAGAAGUAUGGGAGAAAUUAAGAGUCCAAACUGGAGUACAGGAUACCUUUUUGACUUUUGAAGUUUACGGAGAUGAAAUCACAAUGCAGCUGAUUGAUAAGGCAUGCAAAAUGCUAGAUGUCCCCCCCGAUAUGGUCCUGAAGCAGUUUGGAGAAUAUUUCUUUGAAUUCUGCAAGCGGUCAGGUUAUGACCAUAUGCUGCGGACUCUGGGCGGAAACCUCUAUGAAUUUAUAGAGAAUCUGGAUGCAUUGCACAGCUACCUAAGUCUGUCUUACCAGGAAAUGAACGCUCCUUCAUUUAGGGUGGAAAAGAAUGAAGAUGGGUCGAUGCAUUUGCAUUAUUACUCAGACAGGCGAGGCUUGUGCCAUAUUGUUCCAGGAAUCAUUGGUGCAGCAGCUUUGGAUUUUUUCAACAUUGAAAUUUCCAUGGAAAUAGUCAAUCAGUCAGAAGAAGAAGAAAGAACAGGGAAAAAGGAACACAUUGUAUUUCUUGUGACACAAAAACCUGUAUUUUCAUACAGAAGGCGAAAUAAGUUCUCUUCCUCUUCGCCAUUUCUUUCAAGUUCUGGAACACUGGUGGAAAAACAGCUGAAUAAAGAGGAUAGUGAAAGAGCCAUGAACAAGAACAGGGAUAAAGCCAGCCCCCUCUCUUCAUGCCCUGUCAAGAAAAGUCACUGGGAAACAAUUAAAGGAAUUGUGACAAUAGGAAAAGGACGACUUCUGAAAGGAUUCAAUCCUGUCUAUCCUAAGAACCUCUGCAUAGAUCCGAAGACAUUUUGCAAUGGGCUUCCUUUCCACAUUGUAUUUGAUGAAGAGCUUAGAGUGAAGCAAGCCGGAGUCAGUAUUCAAAAGAUCGUGCCGGGCCUUCAGACACUGGGCAUCCGCCUCAACCAAUACUUCAGUAUCGUACGUCCUGAAGUGAAAUUCACCAUCUCCAGUGUCCAGAAAUUUAUCAACAGCCAAUUUGUUUUCCGGACCAAGAGGGAGAUGAUGCCAGAAUCUUGGAAGCAGCGUCCUAUGUUAGAACUGAGAGGUCAAAUGAUUUGGAUGGAAUCUGUCCAAUGCAUGCUGUACCUUUGCUCCCCUCUCCUGCGCACGCUGCAUGAGCUGGAAGAGAGGAACAUGCACAUCGCCGACAUUGCUCCCCACGAUGUCACCAGGGAUUUGAUCCUUCUGAACCAGCAGCGUCUGGCUGAGAUGGAGCUGUCCAAUCAGCUCGAGAGGAAGAAAGAGGAGCUGCGGAUUCUGUCAAAGCAUCUUGAGGAGGAGAAGAAAAAGACGGAAGCCCUUCUCUACGCCAUGCUCCCAAAGCACGUGGCCAACCAGCUCAAAGAAGGGAAACGAGUCGAGGCAGGAGAGUUUAAAGAGUGCACCAUAUUAUUCAGCGAUGUUGUAACUUUCACCAACAUUUGUGCCCAGUGCGAACCUAUUCAGAUCGUCCUCCUGCUAAAUGCAAUGUAUCUGCGAUUUGACAGGCUGACCACAGUGCACGAUGUCUACAAGGUGGAAACCAUUGGAGAUGCCUACAUGGUAGUAGGGGGUGUUCCUGUGCCUGUAUCCACACAUGCUGAACGGGUUGCCAACUUUGCACUGGGAAUGAUCAUAGCUGCAAAAGACAUAAAGAAUCCAGUGUCUGGGAAUCCUAUUCAGAUCAGAGUUGGGAUCCACACAGGGCCUGUCCUUGCUGGGGUUGUCGGAGAAAAAAUGCCACGUUAUUGCUUGUUUGGAGACACAGUGAAUAUAGCAUCCCGGAUGGAGAGCCAUGGGGUACCAAGCAAAAUUCACCUGAGUGCCAGCGUUCAUCAGUGCAUAAAGGACAAGAAUUUUGAAAUGAUGGAAAGGGGAGAAAUUGAUGUAAAGGGCAAAGGGAAAAUGCACACUUACUUCCUGGUCCGGAAUACAAUGGCAACUGAGGAUGAGGUCAUGGGAAGAUCACCGAGGGAUCCUGUUCCCAGCCAUGAAUCUCUGCAACUGUCUCUUGAGUGCAGCGCUGAAGCACUCCAAAGUGCAUGUCCACAAGAUUCAGAUGAGACAUCACUUCCUAUCAUAGCAAUGAAAUAUGCAGAUAGCCCCAUAGAAGCAAACACCAGCGUCAAAGGAAGAAAUGAAACAAGAGCAAAGGACUUAGCAGGCAAACCUCGUGAUUCAGAGACCAAUGCAAGUCUCCAUAGUGACCAGCAGUCAAGCAAAGAUCCUUAUCAUCUUACACAAGGAAGAAGCAAGCCAGCAGCAGAGGCCCCGCGGAUCAGGAAUGUCCGAUCCAAUUUCUGCAAUUUGCUUUAAGAAGCUCCCGAGUUUUAAAGUCGAAGAGUACAAGUGUGUUCUGUAAUGUAAUGUUUUGCUGUUGCUCUCCUGGAGUCCUGACUUUGCUUACAGUAGUAGUACAUCAAGUGCACUGAUAUUGACAUAUUUUGAAAUCACUGGUAGCAAUAAUGAAGCAAACUGGGUAUUUCCCCAUUUGCAGUUUUGACUUGUUUUCUGUGUAUGAACAUGACACAUCUUGUUGUGUGAGAUUGAAGGGGGUUGUGCUCCAGAUGUCCGCGUAUUUAAAAGUCUUUGUCACCUUAUCCUCAAACUGUGUUUGACUUCCAAAAAAAGAAAGUAGAAACAUAAGAAGAUAUAAUCGGUAUGGCAGUGCAUUUAAGCUUUACU